AAAGUCAUUGUCAAAAAUAAACAAAGUAAAGUGAAUGUUGUGAUUGUGGUGUGGCGCCAAAAAUUUUUGCUGUUAAAAAUGUUUGUAUAAUAUUCAUAUCCAUAUUAGUUAACAUAACAAACAAAAAUGGCAAAUGGAACUAAACUAUUUGAGAAUUUCUCAAUACCUUGUACCAAACCUAAAGUUCGUGCUUUAGAGACUACAUUGCUUCAAUCUUUUGCUAACUUUAAAGACAUCCUGCUGGAAUACGAAGAAAUGUGUUCAGAAUUAGAAAGUCACAAAAGUCAAGUUUUAAUACAGAAAGAAAAAUGUGAAAGUAACAAUUGCACAAGUUCAGAAACAUUAAAACAAAUUAUAAGCGAAAAGGAUAAAAUUAUUCAAUCAAUUGGUAAGAUACGAAAACAUGUUUAUUUACUAUCCGAUGGCUAUAAAAAAUAA